UCGACGUGGCGUCUCGUCACUUACUCAACAUAGAAAAUAUGGGAUAUUUUGGCGCGUUGGGAAGUUCUUUUUGAUGGGAGGAAAUGGCAAUUUUACAGGAUAUUUGGACGCUUCGAACUCUGUAGCAGUCAAUUCGAUCGAGAGCAGUUGACUUUAUUGAUGCACUUUCCUGUAAUAGGUGAGUGUUUGGGAUGGAGAACGACGGAUUUUGAAGAACUGUAUGGCGACCUAGGUCAAUGAACAAUGACAAAAGAACUGGCUCGGGAAGGUGAAACAAGGCCUGCAGAAACAUCCGACGAUGAUCUGCCGCCAGCAUUUGGAGAGAGGAGAGAGGAAGAACGAGUUAACCCAGCAGAACUGCCCAAUCAGCCUCCCAGUGGCACUGAGCAGAACUCACUGGAACUGCCAGAACAGCCUCCUCGUGGUACUGAUCAGGCUUCAAUAAGUCAUGACGAAGCAGCCGCCAAUGAAGAGGAACCUGUCCCGUACGAGGAGCAUAUGAGAAAUGCAUCAGAGGAAACAUUAAAAGCUAUGGCUACUUGUGACGAGCCUGUUACAGUCUUAGGGGAGUUCAGGCGAAGGUUACAGCGAGGGCGAAUGCUUGACCUUCAAAACGACUCUGAACUGUGUGAGGGAAAGACCACGGAGAUAUUUGUCUCUCGUUACCGCCUCUUCGAUGAUGCAAUGGAAAAGAUAUUGAGGGAUGAUCCGCCAGCGAUUGAUUUCAGUGUACCUUUAGAGGUGAUCUUCACCGGCGAGGGCUCUCAAGAUUAUGGUGGUCCAAGGCGGGAAUUUUUGGGCAUGGUGAUGCGCGAAAUACGUGACAAGCUCUUCAAGGAAGAAGGAGAAGGCUACGUUAUUUUUGAGAAAAAAGAAGCAUUGGACAGGAAACAGUAUUAUGGAGCUGGCCUCUUUUUUGGUUUCAGUUUGUUGCAAGGUGGUCCUUUGCUUACUUUCCUUGCUGAAGACCAGCUUGAGCGAAUCUUCACAAAAGAUGAUUUGACUAAUCUGGGGGAAGCGGAAACCCAAUUUCGGGUAGGACUCGAGAGAUUCAGACUCGUUUAGAAAGACAGCAGUGCUGCCUAUGACGUACCCCAAACUGGUGAAACUGCUGGACCCUAUUUUUUCCGACGAAGCGACUAAUCGAAGACAGCGGGAAGAACAAACAUACAGACUCUACCUGAAUUACUUGAAAGAGGUGAAAGGUAACUGUCGUUUCUUUUGUCUGGUCUAAGAAACAUCAUCGCUAGCUAGACAAAUGUAACUUUGCUUUAUGCCAAUCGAAAUUUCCACAGAGCGCGUAAAAAAGAAUUGGGAUUUAGAGCUUUAUGAGUGCACUGCUAAUUUUUGUGUUUUUCUCUUUUUAGCUGGAAGAAGGUUAGAUGGCAAUAUAUCUCUCCAUAGUAUUUUAAAGUUCGUCACUGGAUGCGAGAACGAGCCUGUUCUGGGUUUCCAAAUGAAGCCCACUAUUUGUUUUGAUACGAACAUGCCAUCUUGCCUUCCUAUGGGCAACACUUGUAUUAGCAGGCUGACUUUGCCGAUAGGUGAGAAUGUAUCAAUGACCAAGGAAGAAGUGUUCUCUUUCUUUGACUACGCUUUCGCAAAUGAUUACUUUGGCCGUCUCCAAUUAAAACUACUGAUUUCUGAUUGACUCUCUUUGACAAGGUGUUUUUUUAUUUAUAAGUUGAAUUUAGUUUACAGCAGCACUGUAGAGGCGAAAAUUCUGAAAUGGGCCUGAGAUGAACGAAAUGAA